AUGAAAGGUCAAAAUGUUGAUUUCAAAACAGGUCUCAGCUACGCUAUGUCGUCCUCACUUGCGGCAUCAGGAAAUAUUACAGAAUCAAUCGACACCGACGAAGAUUUUAUCUCUGCCUCAUCAGAAAUAUCAGAAGAUCAAUCAGAUCAAGGAAAUACCUCAGCUACGGUAUUGAGAGAUUCGGCGAAUUUCUUGUCGAAGAUACGAUCGCUUCACGAAUCAGACGUCCUGGUACUUCUAACUCCAAUUGUAGUGCCGAUCAGUCAAGACAUUACAGACAACAGUGAUCCCUUUGAGUGUUUGGGACGGGCUCUGGCCAAGAGACACGCCAAAAUCCGGCAUAUCCCCUAUACACGAAGAAACGGCAUCACUUCAACUCAUUUAGGUUUCAUAAAAAGAAGCCAUGUCAUCAUACUUUGUUUCGUGGAUCAUCCUGAACAUCAGCAUCAAUUCGAAAUCGCAGAAGUCCUCUUUGCAGUCAGCGAUCACAAGCCCUGCCUCAUUAUGGUAUGCAGUGAUCAAGUAAAUAAGCAAGAUUCGAUUCCGUUCCCUACAGUCAUCUUAACCUCCGGAUAUACACCAGAAGAUAUGGAAGCCGCAGCUGCAGUGAUCUUUGGGGAGCGGGAAUCCAGUCCUAAUAUAGGAAUAACUAGUUCCGCGUCCGGUAUGAUGGAGGCAGCUCGACCCAAGCUUUGGGCCGUUGACCAUUGGAAUGAAUCUAGAGAUGUACCGAGUGUUCUCAAGCUCUGGAGUGACAAUUUUGAUGUCCGGUUCUCCAUUGACGUUGAGGCUUUCGUGUCUCUACUUCGUCGCCCAGGUUAUGCAAAACAUUAUGUAGUCCGAGACCCAAGAACCAGCGAAGUUUUAGGUUUCUGUGCUACAUAUCUUUCAUACGUUGAUCAAGAAGGCGAAAGACUCAUCGCAUCACUAGCUAUUAUUGUCGUAGGAAAGACCUAUCGACAACGGGGGAUUGGUCUCAGUCUUCACAAUCAUGCUAUUGCACAGUUCAGAAGCACACGAGGCGUUAUUCGUCUUCACCUGGGGAGUAUUUUUCCAAGGCUGUUGUACGGGCCACCUCUUUCUUCAUCCGCAGAAUUGACUGCGAAUGAUGAGUGGUUUCGCCGGAGAGGCUGGACACUCAACAAGGAGUUACGAGGCCAGGGACAACGCGUGUAUGAUCUGGUUCUGGACUUUACCAAAUGGAAAUACCAGCAAAAUCAACGGCAAGAAAAAUUUAAGUAUCGGCAAAGUGUACAAGAUGAUAUGGUCGAGGUGCUUCGUUUGGUCGAGGAAGCAUCUAUCAAACAAGGUAAUAUGGGAUGGUUCGAUCAAUACUUCGCUCUAAUGAACGGACCCAACGUGAAAGACAUUAUCAUAUGCCUGGAAGGAGAUCAGAUCAUUGCAACGGCGCUCACAUACACCCCAUUCUGUGGCAGCUCCAUAUCUUCUAAUCUACCUUGGGCAGGGCGGAUUGGCCAUGAUGUUGGUGGAGUCACAUGCAUAUGUAUUUCUCCACAGAGAAAUGAGCCAAUAGGCCCGGAAUUACUUGAUGCUUGUAUCAAAAAAUUAUACCAGCAAGGUAUGAGGAGAAUGUUCUAUGACGGCGUAGCAAAUGAUGUAGACGAACUAAAAGAACUAGGUUUUAAGGAAUGGGCAAAGUACCGCGACGUUUGGAAGGACGCUUAAGUAAAUGGACUGGUCUACAAGACAAGGCUCCGUGUUUGUAUUACGCAAAAUCUUCAAAAUACUAUAUCCGACACAUUGGGCAUGAAAAGGAUGACACUAGCAUGGACCUGCUGCAGAUUUGGAGCGUGUCAUACACAUGGGUAAUAGGCGAGAGCAUGGAUAAGCUAUGGAACCAUUUACUUUAGCGAUCAAAGUAGAACUGUUACUCAGCUGGGUUCGUACUACAGUCAGGACGGAGGAUAACAUUAUUGUAAGCACAAUAAUGCUCGAUCUUAAAAUUCGAGACACAAGCUAUUCAAACUCCAGAGACAUUUUCCACACUUGUUAUUCUAAUAUCAAUCAUGGUGGAUUAAUGAAGUCACAAUUCAAGGACUUUCCAAUAUCGGCGGCCCAAAAAUCUAGGUCACGUAGCACUAGUGCUUGCAAUCUUUCUGCUCUGAAAUCAGACUGCAUGAACGGGGACAUCGAAACGUCGCACAAGAAUUUAGAAUCUGUGUAACACGUUCAGAACGCCACGUCUGCAUGAUAUCCCCACUAAAGCCGCUCAAGAAAGCGCUGUGGUUGAUCAAACUAGCUAUACAGGUAUACGACCUGCCGAAAAAAUUCAUGUGUGAUACCACCUCCAUCGCAUCUACUGCUGCCUGACGGCUAUGACACCUUACCAAAGAGCCUUCUUGAUUUGAGCAGGUGCAUAAGAUGCGGUAUAGACUCUGUUGACCGACAUUUUACGGUCUUACCUUCUCUCCUGGAUCUUGGAUGUGGCGUAGAAUUCCAGUGAUUAUGACGAUAAUUCGCCAUACCAACUGGUAUCAAGGCUCAAUUUAUGUUUACAUGUCGGGCGAGGCAUUCCGGCUUGUCACACGCAACGCUCCUGGAAAUACAUAAUAUCCAUGUAAAAAUGUUGCGCCACUGAAAUUAAUUCUGCGCCGCAGAUCGUCAAUUCAAGUUACAGCCCCAGCUUUUCUUCAAGCUCAAUGCUUGUGUGAACAUUUGUAUGUAUCAUCUCAUACACAGAAUCCCAUUUUAAAGAUAUAGUGGAUCGCAUUUCGAGAAAAUUUUCUUCGC